AUGGGAGAGUUGCAGAGAUUGGAGGACAGGAGGGAGUGUGGGGCGAGCGAAGGUGAAGGGCAGACACGCAGAGAGCAAGCGGAGAGAAAGCAGCGUGAUGACCGUUGUCGCUGCUUCGUGGUGGAAAUGGCUGCAAUUGUAGGACGGUGGAAAGUGGGCCCUUUUAUUUCAAUCGACCCAACCAUAAAAUAUUUGGGAAACUAUCGCUCUCAGGAGUCCCCUAAAGAUGAAGAAGGGGUUGUUAGAGCCGUCAGAAAUGUGCAUGCAAUGAUAGAUAAGGAGGUUUCUGCUGGUAUUAGCCCAGAGAACAUAUUUGUUUGUGGAUUUAGUCAAGGAAGCGCAUUGACCUUGGCAAGUGUGUUGCUGUAUCCAAAAACUCUAGGUGGCGGUACAGUCUUUAGUGGAUGGGUUCCAUUUAAUUCUUCAAUUCUAGAGAAAAUUUCUCUAGAGGCCAAAAGGAUUUUUUCAUCAAUUUAUUGGUCGUUCUUUAUCAAAUUGAGUUGUGGAUUUUGAUCAUCAAGGCCUCAUCUAUCAAAUAAAAUAGCGUGGAUAAAGACUCAUUGUGGGGUAGAGACGCAGGCUCUGCUGCUUGGUUGACUCUGCGAAUGGAGUUUUGAUUCAUCAACUUAGGUAGAGAGAGAUGGUGGGAAAUGGUAGCACUGGCGAUAGAAAGGAUUUUGUCGGGCUUAUUCUAAGGAUCAGAUGGUGAAAAUGGCAUGAUUUCGUUUCCAUUACGAGUUGCAGAGCAAAACCACCGGGAGUUGUUCAGAGUUGGAUUCUACCUUGGAUGUAAAUUUGCAAGCUCAGUUCUUAUGAGCUGAAAGCCUGUAUUACGAGCAAGUUUCUCACCAUUUUUGUUCAGCUUAAUGUUCCUGACAAUUUUAAGGGAGAAGGGGUUAAUUCAUUAAUGCUCUUUAUAAAGCUUGAACACUGCCAGCUGCGAAUUUUGCAAUGGUGCCCUGUGAUCUUGAGAA